AUGGAGCUGGAUGACUUCCAAGAGGCCUUGAGAUCUGCUGAAGCUGCUGUUCAGUUGGAUCCCAACUGGUUGCCAGCCAAAGCUACGCUGGGCCGAGCACAACUUAAUAUGGGUCAGUUACAGGACGCAGUGAUGAGUUUGGAAGACGCCCUGCGCCUGGCAGAGCAUGACGAGGAAUGGCGAAGCGAAAUGCAAGAGGAGUUGGAGCAAGCGAGAAAUCUCUUGGAAAUACAUUGGAGUGAGCACCAUGACGUUCUUUUGCCAAGCUUCAGAUGUGGUAAGCCUUUGCAGAUCCGGCAGGCACUGGACUGUCGCUAUUGUCGCAUGGAAGGAGAGCUGGGACCUGGCGGAGCGCUUUGGGCAGCCGGCGCAAGCUUGGCCACGCUGAUUUCCACAGAGGGUCCGAGAAUGACAUCUAUGGACUUCCAUGCACCCAGGCCUACUGUUUUAGAGCUGGGCUCUGGUACUGGUGCUGCCGGACUGGCAUUUGCAGCGACCGGGGCAAAGGUACUCCUGACUGAUCGCCAGUCCCUGCUCCCGCUCUUGAGGCUCAAUGUGGGCCUGAACAAAGACUUGCUAUCUACUGUUGGCGGAGCAGCCGACAUCGGCGAGUUUGAUUGGCUCUCGCCACCUGAGGAGAUUUUGAGGUUGGGGACAUUUGGGGACGGCUUUUGUUCCUCGCCGAAUUUCAACGGUUGA